GUAUUGGGAAAGUACAAGCAUGCAAGCGGCAAAGUAGAUGUGCUCAAAUCUACAAAGAAGGAAUCUGCAGUGUGAUCUUUGGCAGGUCACUUGUCUUUCAUUCUUUAUCAUUCGUCGGUCAUCAAGACGUGUGAGAUCCUGGACAAGUCUUUUAUGGAUGUUUUUGAUUGCUGUAAUGUUGCUGUUUGAUGUGUAAGUCAGUGGAGAAGAAUGGCAGAGUUUAAGGACAAAAAUGUGACCCCUGUGAUGGGGUCAAAUGGUGAAAAAGGAAUCAAAAGGAAACUGCCCAACGAUCAGCGUAAUGACAGCAAGACUGAUUUUGAUUUAAAGAAAAAGAAGAUAGAUUCAUUUGUGGCAACAUCAACUGCAACAGAGAUCAAGACAGUAGAGUUUGCUGCUUGUCGAGCUAGAGAGAUAGAGGCUAUGACUCAUGGCAUAAAGUCUGGCAGCGUGAAUCAUCGUGUCUACCAACGUCUUCCUAAACAUAUGAGAAGGAGAGCCAUGAGUCAUGACCCAAAGAGAAUGCCACGCAGAUUGAGGAAGGUACACAUAUUGGAACUUCAGAAAUCUAAUACUAAACCAGUUUCAAAACGUCCAUCUCGACGCUAUCGCAGACGCCCUAAGAAUCUCCAGGCAGAAUAUGCGAAGCGGAAACGGAGAGUGAUGUGGUUGGAGACGCACAUUUGGCAUGCGAAGAGGUUCCAUAUGAUAGAGAAAUGGGGGUACAAGAUCGCUCUUCAUCCAAAUGAUAAGGGAACCAGGGCAGCCCACAGGGCUGUAAGCAAGCACUGCCUACUACAUGAUCUAUCAUUCAUGUGCUGUAUUGAGAUUAGUGGUGCAGAGUCUGAGAUCAUUUCUGCAUUCAGUCAUUUAUCGGACAAAGCAACGGGUCUCUCAGUUGGUGCUAAAGCAGUGAUUACUGGUACAAGACAAGGAACGAUAAUGCUGUACCACCAUGACAGCUACCCCUAUAAUGUCAUUGGUCCAGCAACAUUUAUCUGGAAGCCUGCUAUACCGUUAGCUGCUGCUGCAAAUACUGAGGCUUCUGAGGGAGAGGCUUCAUCAUCAGUAGAUACUCAUGUGGCAGGUCAUCCUGUUGAACAAACCCGGCAUCUCUGGUUGUGGGUUCAUCCAUCCUGCUAUCAGCUUGUCUUGAAUGAAUUGCAUAUCGUUUUAGGACUGCCUCUUGAAAUACAUGUAAUAACAGAAAGUGUUGUAGAGACAGGAAAAGUUAAAACUAAGUCUGAAACUUCAAAUGUACCUGGUUGUAUGGACAGUGGAGUGGGGGAUGCUGAAAUGACUUUGGCUAAGAAGCGGACUGCUGAAUCGGAGAAAGUUGAGGGUGGUUCAAAGCAGAAAAAGAAGAUACAAAAUGACCCACAAGAAGAGGAAAAUGUCCCAAGUAAUCCGUCUUUCAACAAUGAUAAAGUGAUGGUUAUGUCGUUGAAGGAUGAACUUGUGAGGUUCCAUCUGACUGGUCCUCUUUCACAGAGGAUCCUCGCUGAUCUUCUGUCGAUAGCUGACGUUGAUAGUGCAGCUGGUGGGGAACCAGAUGCCAAAUGGUGGGAGCACUACUAUUCCAAGACGGCCAAUUACCAACAUCACGACCUGCAAAGUGGGAUGUGGGAUUUGAUGAAACUUGCAAGGACACCAUCCGAUUGUUUUUCCAAUGCUGUCAUUGCCUUGACUGUCAGGGACCCACGAGUUCUCCUUCCCAAGAAGAAGACAUUCUUUACAGGCAAAGAAAAUGAUAGGGUGCCACUUAGCACUGAAGAUGCCCUGAAGCUUUGCCGCCCUUAUCCAGCCGAAGUCAGCAUUUCAGCCAUUUGGGAAAGCACAAUAAGGAAACAAACUAAUGACAAGAUAUCAACACACGGGUUGAAUGAGAAACGGUCUGAGCUUCUAGUUCCAGGGACAGAUCUUUACCUUGGAGCUGAAGAAUCAAGAAUUCCAGUUCUCCUGCUGCAGAAUCCUGGAACAACAACCACAACAACCAAACAGGUGGAUCAUAGUUUGUACGGAUACGGGUCUGGCUGGGACUUGGUGGUGCCGGCUGGGUGGGGCAUGGCAUUCUGGCUUGGAUUAAUCUUUCGCGGUGCUCGAGCAUCUGGUUUACGAGAGUUUGAUAGUACCUCAAUAGAAAUGCGUGCCUUAUGUUACCCUCGGGACUAUCCUGAUGGAUCUCCAGGGAGAACUUGGGCUGUUGAACACAAACAAGACUUGGAAACCAAGUUCUGUAAACGACCUCCUAGUAAAAGGCCGAAUUUCCUCAAAGUAAAUGCUCAGGCUCCAUUUCAUCUGCCAUGGGGAAUUCUUGUUCAAUUUUGGAAGAAUCACAGAAGUGACAUUAUUGCAGAUUCAACUGUGGCCGUGGGUGAGUGUAGUGGAAAGAUGAGUGAGUGUGAGUUCUAUACCCUGCGGGACAGGCAGCAGUUGGAUGAACUUGCCAAAUUCUGCUGCAAAGAUGGUGGGAAGAAAGUCCAACCAAAGCAGAAAUGUGUUGAGGACAUUUGUGGUUCUUCAGUUGAGCGCAUCCAGAUUGCAGAACAGUUUCAGUCUGCUCUUGUGGCGGUUACGCUCGCCAUGUUUGGGCGUGGGUCGCCACAGGAGAUGGCUAUGAUAUGUAUUCCAUUGAGAAAGGACAUGGACAAGUUGGUGAAGAAUAAACAAUAUAGCGGACCAUGUGAACCUAUAGUUGAAGUUAAAGCGCCACCAAAACCUGCUAAAAAGAAAGACAAAACUCCUAGAAAUGCACUGCCUGUUCUUGAUCCAAAAACAGUUGUGAUUUCAAGUACUCGAAAACUCAUCGGUUUCCUAACUGAUGGGAAGUUUUCAUUGGCACGGGGUUCAGGGCUUGGGCAGGGGUUCUGUGCAGUUCAGGGGCUCCUCCAGCUUGAGGACUUCCAUAGAGUCAAUGGACAACUCUUGGUUCUUGUCAGGGACACAAAUUCAGUGCAGUACAGGUUUGCUAAAUUGAGCAUUCAUAAAACUUGAAGUAAGUCAUUUUGAAUGGUCUUUCAGCUUCAUUUAGACCCUGAAUUUCAAACUGAGAGUUUCCUUAAAUCACUGGUAAUGAAGUGAGCAUUUAUAUUAUCUGGUGCACUGGCUGUGUACAUGUAUGCAUACAUGUAGGUACAUGAACAUGUCUUGCUGUUGGACAUUUACAUGUAUAUGCAGCGUAAGUUUACCUUGUUUUGAUGAGAACAUAUUUUGUUAUGAACCAAAUCAUUGAUCUUGUUGGUUAUUUUGUCCACCCAAUAUCCUUCUCGGCAUCUAUGUUUGACAAGGAAAGCGAGGACUUCAGUCUCGGCCAGUUGGGAUCAGAUUCAUAAAACUGAUUCUGGCUCCAGAACUAUUCGGUGAGUGACAGACAGUCCAA